AAAAUCCAAUAUGGUGGACGUAUUUAAGGUUAAUUUGUAGAAAACAUUUUAAAAAUACGCUUAAAAAUUGUUCAAACCUAUACGAACGUUGGCAAAAAGAUGGACAGCAAUAUUCGGAAACUCGUUCACGCAGCGUCGCAAGAUAAUAACGAGUCUGCGUUGUUUGAGGCUUACAAGAAAUUGAAGAAGGAAAGGCAAUCAUCUGAUGACAAAAUCGAUGCAGUUUCAUCGGAUCUUUUCGUCUUGUGCGCCGAAGCAGCGCAAAAGCAUGGUCAAUUUGAUGUCAUGGAUGACUGUAUAAAAAUGUUUUUUCACAAGACUCCUCCCUCAAAUCAGUUUUUAUGUCGAGCCUAUUUGUGUCAAGCUCAGCUCAAUGCUCCAACUUCCUCUAAGAAUCCAGAGCAACUUGACAAAGCAGUGGAAUUCUUAUUGAAGGCAAUUAACUUUGCCAAAAAGAAUGUCAGGUACUACUUCUUGGUGUACAAUGCUUCAGUGCUGUAUUGGCAGUUUUGUCGUCCUUUCCUUAAGCCCAACUAUCGUCAAUAUUUAGCCAAAAGUCUGCAUCAGGUCGUGAAAGCUCUGGAUGAUAUUGAUGACAAAGAUUAUGGCUGGAGAGCUCAGCUAAUGAUUGCGCUUAUUGAAUGCCAUGUGGAUGCUGGUCGCAAGGAAGAUGCUACUCAAAUCAGUAUUGCCACCUUGGCUUUCACCAAAAGUAACGUUCCUUCAUUAUACACAACUGUUCUAGGACUGCAGGUUCGUCAUCGACUGAUUGAUUUGUCAAAAGCAUCAAAAGAAGCAAGAGCUUCCAAUGAGUUGUACAUGUUCUACAAGAUCCAAAGACUGAGAACCUUGAUUGAAGCAGAUGAAAAAGUUGACAUAGAACAAGAACUGAACAAAGUCUACAAAUCAAUAGUCAAGGGGGUGGAUGCCACAGAUCGAGCUAGUACAGCCAUGUCCACCAGUACUCCAACCAGCAAGGCCAGCUCUCCUUAUGUUGUUGGUAGUAAUGACAGGAUACCACUACUUAUUGAGUUGGCUAGACUCUGCUUGGAGCAUGACAGACACGAUUUAGCUUCAGAGUGUCUUGAAAAUCUUAAAGGAGGUGUUAAGACUUCUGAGACAUUGCUGGAAACUGAGUUCAUGAAGUGUGAGUUAAUGGUUCAGUCCCUUGGAGAAAAGAAAGAAAAUUACAGCAAAUCGGUGGUGGAGAGACGUAUUCAAGCAAUCAGAAAACUUGAGCAGUGUAUGAUGACAGCUGUUAGAACUGGAAAUCCAAAUAUCAUACAGACAGGAUGUGUGACAAUGUGGAAUCUUACCCUGCCUCUUCUACAGUCAAAUUUGCGACAGCACGUGAGAAAGCCUCUUACCCUUGCUGCACAAGCAUUGGAAGACAUUGACAGUCUGUUGGUUCUGUUACGAUGCCAGAUGCACACAGAACUAGCUAAAUGUGAAGAGGCUGAAGACCAACUGGAGUAUGCUGUUACGCAUCUUAGAAAGGCACUAGAACUGGAUGACUCGGGACAGUAUGGUGAUAGACUACGCACUGCCCUGACAAGGCUUCAGCUAAGGGCUACUCUUUACAAAACUCCAGAAAGGCCUGAAGAUUUGGCUGCUAUGAUUAUAGAACAGGCAAGGGCUAGUGAUGACUCCAGCACAGUACGUAUGAAGAGAGCUUCUUUGGUGAAGGCAGGAGAGGCGUUGUCACCAGAUGCCUUCAUGCAUGUGCUUGACGGUGAAAGUAAUACAAAGGACCCAUCUACUGGUAAGGGUCCACCUACUGCAUUAGGAAGACUGGCUGGAAGAGCCAAGCAGUUUGAGAAAGGAGUCAGUAAGGCUGUUGGUCAUCUGAAGAGGCUGGGAGACGAAAGCGAUCAAGAAAGAGUUCGUAUUUGGGCAGAUUUAGCCAAGACUGCGCGUAAACAACAGGUCUGGGAUGUUGCCCGCGUGGCUGCUAGAUUCUGCCUUCUUUACGAUGACAAUCGUUGGUCAAAGAAACAAUCCGGGAGCACCUCAGAGAAAAAUGGUGAUGGUAACACUGAGAGAGAUGAUCCAACAGUGAGCAAGUCGCCAUUACAAGGCGAAGUUGGCGGCAGACUUGAUUCAACAGGGAUGAAACUGUUGUAUCCCAAGGGUAUGACCGCUUUUACUGUGGAACAGGAUUUGUUGAGGACACUGGCUGAAGUUCGUUUUAUUUUUGCUGAGGCUUUGGUACAGUUACUAAGAACAGAAGGAGUCCAACUGGGUGACAAACCCGUGCCACCUGAGGAUACCAUCAAGCUGCGCCCCAAGCGAUACGGUGAUCAGCUCGUCAACUUUGAUGAUAUGCCAGAAUGGGUCUCCUAUUGCGACUGGAUUUCGUCUUUGUCAAAUGAGGUGAUUUACAGUUUCCAGCGAGCUGCUGAAAUCGGCGUAGAGCUGAAAGAGUCAUGGCUUGUUUGCAAUUCAGCUGUGUAUUUGUGGAAUUAUACAACCCACAUGCUGUCACAAGGUAGACACAAGGAAGUCAUUCCCAUAUUCUCGCCUGUGUUGGAAGCAAUGAAGCUUACUGGACAUGCAGGUGAAACUACAUUACUGUGCCAAAUUUGUAAUGCCAUUGCUCAAGGUUACAUGCAGCCGUGGAUCCCAGCCCUUCCUCCUCCUCCUCCUCCUCCUGCAGCAGCCACACCCAGUAAAGACAAGAGUGAGAAGACUGAAAAAGUAAAGGGACGGCAGAGUGGCAAAGGGGCUAGGGGAGGGCAAUCAAAAGGUUCACUACAGACUGUUACAGUCGAUCCUGAAGCUACGCCCGAUCUGAAACAAGCAUUAGAUGUGUUGGAGUAUGCAUUAAACAUAAGUAAUGGUCAAGAGCCAAAGAACCUGGUACCGAUUGGUGCUCGCCAUCCCUUAAUCACUUCCUGGGUGUUCUGUAAGCAGAUGUUGAAUCAACAGAUGGCAAAGAAUCUUGGUCAUGAUGAUGAGAAUCUCCAUAGCCAAGGCCCGAUGUGCCGUGCUCUGUGUGCAGUUGAGAUGUUGUCUCUACAGAACAAUGGCUUGCCAGAAUUCACUGGUACAUGUCCGACUCUUGCCGAGACUGUGAAAAUGGUGGACGGCUGCCAGUGGAGUGACGGUCUAGUGGAGUUACAGAUGUGCAGCAGGCUUUCAGUGUUGGCUUUCAAUGCUGAGAAUCAUUCACUAGUCCUUCACUGUGGACAGAGGGCCGUCCAAUUUGCCGACAGUGAUAAAUGCUUAGCCAAACGACAACCCAAGAAACCAGACAGCAUAUUUCAACACAAAGUUGUGGUAGAGCAGGAGAUGUUGUAUUACGCUAGCGUUGUGAUGGGACAAAGCCUCAUGAAAAACAUGCAGGGGAAGAAUGAGAUAAGGAGAGACGCACUGGUCUGCUUUGUGAAUGCAUGCAGGUUUGGGCAAGAAGCCGGGAACUAUGACUUAGUUAUUGCUGCUGCCCGUCAUUACUGGAAUGCUAUUAAGCCAUUCAUUGUGGAACCCAUUGAACGAGAGCUACUCAGAGAGCCCAUGGAAGCUGUGUUGGAGUGUAUCGCUGCAGUUGCUGCUAAUGAAGUAGGCAAAGAGGAAGACGAUGAAGAUGAAGAAACAGAAUCAUCAUCUCCAGAAAAGAAGCCCUCGAAGAAACCCGUCAGUAGCAAGAACGAGAAGGGGAAGAAAACUAAAGAUAAAACUGCAGGAGAUAAAAAGAAGGAAAAGGAAAAAGAAAAGGAUAAAGGCAAAGCUGGAGAUAAAUCUGGAGGCAAAGGAGUUAAGACCGACAAAGAAGAUUCAAAAGAAAGCAAGUUGGGUGCAGAACAGGAGGAAAAACCUGCAGCAAUGCCAAGUGCUUAUGAUGAGGAUCUGAUGCUACGUGCUGCCAUGUAUGGAGUGUUAUUCCAGGCUUACGCUGACAAGGGUGAGUGGGAACAGGGACUACGAGCCAUGGAUCAAGCUGUCAAGGACAUGCCGAGAACUUCUCACAGACUGUUGAUCUUUAAACAUCGGGUCAUCACAAAAGCCAAGCUUGGACGAAAUGUUGUAUUUGAUAUGGGAAAAUUCAGGAAUGAAAAAGAAGAUGUAAUUGCAGCCAUGUGGCGACAUGUGGCCCUGAAUUCCAAGGCUCCAGAGGAUCAACUGUCUGCCUAUCAAAAUGCUAUUGAAGCUCUUGAGAAUCCAGAGAGUGACUGGCAGAAGGUAGAAUACUUAAUGGAGUUUGGAGAAUGGCUAUUUGUCAAUGAGUAUCCGGUAGAGGAUGCUUUGGAUCAGGUAGGUGAACUGUUCUUUCCCUUUCCCUGUUCAUUUUUGCCAACGUUUCUUUCGUAUUUUUCUCGUUUUCUUUUUCAGUUCCUUUGGGCGUCUGAUAUUCUGCUGAACAAAACCUCAAAUAUAGAAAGCAAGCAAGAUGAUCACAAUGAUGUUAGGAGUGAAAGCGGAAGCGAGGUAGAUGCGUCUAAAUUUGUACCAGGGGAACACCGCACGGUGAUAGGUGUGCGCCCAUCAGACGUGACCGUGAAGGUACAAGACAUCACCGAUAUCAGACAGCUGGAGACGUUGAUGCGUGUUCAUGUUAUGCUGGCCCAGGUCGCAGGACACUCGUCACCACACUCGAGGGACUAUGUACUGCUAGCUUACGCCUUCCUCUACAGGAUAUGGCAGGUCUCAAUCUCUUCAGCUGAGCGAAUACAAAAGGAAGGAGGAAAACCAGGGGAGAUAGCUCCCUCUAAAAAGGGAAAAGAAAAAAGCAAGGAAGUUAAAGAGUCUCAAACAAAAGUGGAUAAAUCGACAGUGAAGACGUUAUUUCCGAGCACAAUGGAAGGUUGGGCUACUUUUGAACUAUCCGAAAAGCUUCAAGAAUAUUUCAAGUGUGACAUCACUGGGACAAUGAUUAACAAAGCAACCUUCUUGAAGCCGAUGCUGAGUCUGUACCAUAUGCAAGCGUUGUUCCGUGAUCUGCGUGACCUGGGUUAUCACCAGUUGGCGCUGCCUGUUGUCGCCAUGCAACAGCUGAUAGCGGACCUGGUGUUUGACAACAGUCAGUUGAAGAAACUUGUUCAUCUGAGAGCCUUGGAGUUGUGUCAGGAGCUGAACUUGCCCUCGGGUGUGGCCUAUCACGAGAGGUGCGCUGGCCACAUGUUAUUGACAGAGCAAGAGCAAGCUAAAUCACGAGAGGAAAUCGAGAUGUGGAAAGAAAAACAGCGCCAGGUGAAAGCCGAAGAAGAAAAAUCCAAAAACAACAAAAGUGUGGUGUCUGACGCCAGGAUAUUAAAUCUGGCAGUCAGACCUCAAGCACCCGGCGCAGCAGAUAUUGUUGAGGAGGAUUCAUGGAACAAACAUAAAUGGGUGAUAAGUGACGUGUGCUAUCGGGAAUUAUGGACUGAGCAGGCUGAAAUACUUAUCCGGCAGGGCCAGUUUCUGCCGGCUCGACAGCUAUUAAGCGAGGCAAAUCUAUCAGCAAGGGCGUUUGACGACAAGCGAACUCUUGCCAACAUUCUGGUGCACUUAUCGGUCAUGGCUUUAGCAGAGUCAAACUGGGGACAAGCUACUUCACUGUUACUUGAAGCACAGAAACUUCAUGGCGAUCAAAGAUUUUGGUUGACGACUACUUUGCUGUUGUGUGAAGCCUCGUUAGCUAAGGUCGACAAGAAUUCCACCAUGUUAAACACACCGUAUCCUCCAGCCAAAGACAGGGCAGGCGAUGUUUUAUUACGUGCAAGAAAUGUUUUCCGGGACCUGGCUGAAGACAACCCUAAUAAAGCUAAUUUGGCGGAAUACAUUGAGGCAGUCCUCGAAGCAAGGCUGGGUACUUUACUGUCUGAUUACGCUGUCAAUAAUCCUCAUUUGAGAAAGCAAGAGUAUUCCCAUAAGGACUUGAUUAUCGCCUGCAAGCAUCUGUCCCGUGCGGCGGAGAAACUAAGUUCACUGGGUCACAGACGAGAGGCUGUUAAGGUCAUGAUGAAACUUGUAGCCAUCAAGAGAGCCUUUGCUGAGGAUAGUAUCACCCCUGAGGAAAGACAAGACAACCUUCUCGAGGCGUUCGAUAUCCUGAAAGCAGCUGUGAGUCUAUCUAAUGCUGUAUUACAUGAUGUCCAGUCCAUUUCCAGUCUGUCAGAGCUCCGUAACCUGAACUUGCCUGUUCAGCGAGAGGCAGUGGACGCAAAGCUUGUCAUCUCAGAGCUAAUGGUUGACAUGUUGAAACUGUUUUCCAGUGAAGAUCGAGGAAAACGAGAAUUAGAGACACGGAAGGGGAAUAUCCAGAAGAUGAUAGACGACUACGUUGGUGUGGAGCUUUCGCCAACUGAGAAACAGAGAAAGUGGCGAGAAGUAACUGGAACUCUCGCCGAGGACACUUUGAUGCAGCUAUCUAUGGCGCAUGGCCUUACGGGUAACGUGGCAUAUCUCAGGGCUAAGGCACUUUACAUCCUCGGCCGCUGCUUGGGUGUACUAGCGGCGCACACGGCUCCUGAUUCAGAUACCCAGUGGAAGGAAUUAGAGGUACCGCACGAUGAAUCUGAAGUGGACAACGUAGCCAAGCCUCUAAACCCGGCCGUUGAAGAAUCGGCACCGGGUGACCAGGACACUGGCGAUAUUGAAAUCGAGGCUCCCCAGAAUCUAUCGAGGGAGUUUGUUAAACUCACCAAUCAAGCGCUUCAGCUAAAUGCUGAAUUUUCAACUUCUAAGAGAUAUCUUAGCCAAGCAGUGGAUUGUCUGUCACAGUGUGUACAGAUAGGACUUAAACACGGCUUCAAAGAUAUUGUCGGUAACGCAGCCCGUGAACUGAUGGAUUCUAUUGGCGCUCAUGAUCCACUCACCUCCUCGCAAUAUCUGGCGCUUUUUCAGAGUUGCCAUGCAUCUGAGGUUCUGGAAGGUGUGUUAAGGCGAGUUCAGCAGGACCCUUCUGUCUCUCGUCAGGCAGCUUUACUACACCAGAGAAAACUACUCGCUAACGUGGCGUUCUUGAGUGAUACGUCAUCGAGUAUUUUGGCCUCAAAUUCUAACCAUCUUGCCGACUGUGAGCCUUGGAGACGGUUAACAAUCACAAGAAGUCAUUUAGAACUGACUCGUGAGUUUUCAAGCUUGAAUACUCAGUUUGUUGUGCUCCAGCAUUCUCCCGAUAGAUGUUACCUUUACGGAGCUGUGCUGGAUAAGGGUCGAUCUCCUGUACCAAGUGGAAAAGCCAACAAACAAGCAUCAACUCUUCCCGUUCCUUCAAAGGCCAUGAUAACCCGCGCAGCUGUGAGUGCAGUGGAACUGGAGCAGCUCAUUGAAGAGUUCGGUCAGUUCAAAUCGGACACUGCUUCCGAACUCAUGAGACGAACCUACGUUAGACACCAGCAAGAGCAGAGGAGAAAGAUGUUGGCGAAGCUUGAGGACAACAGUCUACAGGCGGAGAGUCAGGAACAAUUGCCGAUUGAUUCCAGUCUCUUUGAAAAAGAAUCUCAGUUGGAGUCGCAUUUUAGGGACGUUGUGGCAGCAGUUGAAGCUUACCUGGACCCUAUCCUAACUAAACUUCAUCCAGCUUUAAAUCCAGACGCGGUUUCAGAGUCUGUUGUUUUGUUGGCUGAUGAGUGGCUGCUUCAGUUACCUCUGGAGGCUCUUAAGACUUUUGCUGUGCCUCAAAUUACCAGCAUAUCGCGUGACUUCUCUCUCCAGUUCCAUUAUCAUCGUGUGCACCCGGCCGAACGUUCAGAAAGUACAACUAAAGUCACUGGAAAAGGAGGCAAGAAACCUGACAAAGCAAAAUCCGAUAAGCCAUCUACAGCGAAAUCAGGACAAAAGAGUGAGAAAAAGGGGGGUAAAGAGGUUGGAGCUGGUAUUCCUAAAGAAGGUCCUGUGGUGGAUUUUAACGGAAUAAGAUACAUUGUCGACCCUUACAACGAGUGCAACGAGCAAGGUGAUGAUAACCCAAGUAAGGUAAUAAGUGAUAUCGUGGCUAAAUACAAGAAUUUUACAUCGAAGUGGAAUGGUAUAUCAGGCAGUGACCACCUUCCAAGUGUGGGUGAGUUUCAGCAUUUUCUGUCCGAAAGUACUGGCUUUAUCUUCUACGGCACCGAAAGAUAUCUGGGUUGUUUGCCUCCUAAUAUGCUGGCACCGAUAAAUGUGACAGACUGUCUCUUGGUUCUUCUGUUGGACUUGGUUCAGACAAGCCAAAGUUUUCUCAGGCAGGGAAAAGAUGAUGCUACUAAAGCUGUCGGUGAAUUAUGGCUGGAGCGUCCCUUGGAGACUGCAAUGUUGUUUUCUUUAGUAGGUGUGGCUGGAGUGGUGUCAAAUCAGUGGCACUGCCAGCUGUCUGACAACAAACAAAAACUUGAUACCUACCUAAAUGGCAUGUUAGAAGCAAGUAAAACAGUUGGACAGGCCGUGAGAGGCUUGGUACAGUUUCCCAAACUGCCUGAUACUGUUACGGAAACUGACGCUGCGUCUGAUCGAGGCUCGAAAUCAGGACGUCUUAACGAGAUAGAAACCACUAGUGACGAGCAAACAACUGUGGGAGAGGAAAGAACGGAUGGAAAAGAAGAGAUGAAUAGUCCAUCAUUCUCAAGACACUGGUUUAACACAGUGUUGUAUGGUACACCAACACUUCUACUGAAUCCGCCUAAAGGUUCGUAGAAGACGAGUCAAAAGCGGCGCCUAGCAACACUGGAGAAUUUUGCUUUUCAUUGCAGUGUAACUUAAAUAUGUUUUGCCAUAAAUGUCGCGUUCAUUAAGUAGAGCAAAAUCAUGUAGACUGCCGUUUUCGAAAUAAGAGACAUUUUGAAUUACAA